AUGUUCGGCCGCGGCUCCCGCAAGCGGCUCUCCGGCCGGUCGCUGACGGCGUCGGGGGAGCCGGAGCGGGGCCAGCCCUGCAACACCUGUGGGGACCAGUGUCCUGGCUUUGCCCUGCACAAGUGGAGGAAGAUUUGCCUCCACUGUAAGUGCUCCCAGGAAGAGCACAUCGUAACCGUUAUGCCUCUGGAGAUGGAAAAGACUGUCACGAAGCUCAUGUUUGACUUCCAGAGGAAUUCCACUUCUGAUGACGACUCGGGCUGUGCCUUGGAAGAGUACGCAUGGGUCCCCCCUGGCCUGAAGCCUGAGCAGGUGCACCAGUACUACAGCUGCCUGCCCGAGGACAAGGUCCCCUACGUCAACAGCCCAGGAGAAAAAUCUCGCAUAAAGCAGCUUCUGCACCAGCUGCCGCCGCACGACAAUGAGGUCCGCUAUUGCAAUUCCUUGGAUGAGGAGGAGAAGAGGGAGCUCAAACUCUUCAGCAACCAAAGAAAAAGGGAAAAUUUAGGGAGAGGCAAUGUCCGGCCAUUCCCUGUCACCAUGACAGGGGCCAUCUGCGAGCAGUGCGGCGGGCAGAUCAAUGGAGGGGACAUGGCCGUCUUCGCCUCGCGAGCAGGGCACGGCGUUUGCUGGCACCCUCCCUGCUUCAUCUGCAGUGUCUGCAACGAGCUGCUGGUCGACCUGAUCUACUUCUACCAAGAUGGGAAGAUCUACUGCGGCCGGCACCACGCUGAGUGCCUCAAGCCGCGCUGCGCAGCCUGCGACGAGAUCAUUUUUGCCGACGAAUGCACCGAGGCCGAAGGGCGGCACUGGCACAUGAAGCACUUCUGCUGCUUUGAAUGCGAGACGGUGCUGGGGGGGCAGAGGUACAUCAUGAAGGAUGGCAGGCCCUACUGCUGCAGCUGCUUCGAGUCCCUCUACGCCGAGUACUGCGAUACCUGCGCCCAGCACAUUGGUAUCGACCAGGGCCAGAUGACGUACGAUGGCCAGCACUGGCACGCCACCGAGACCUGCUUCUGCUGUGCACAGUGCAAGAAGUCCCUGCUGGGACGGCCCUUCCUGCCCAAGCAGGGGCAGAUCUUCUGCUCCAGGGCCUGCAGCAUGGGCGAUGACCCCAACGGCUCCGACUCCUCUGACUCGGCUUUCCAGAGCGCGCGAGCCAAGGAGUCCCGCCGCAGCGCCAAGAUCGGCAAGAACAAGGGGAAGGGCGAGGAGGGGGCACGCAGCCCCUGCAACCAGCUGCAGGUCACCUCCAACCGCCUCUCCACCGACGUGGACCCGCUCUCCCUGCAGAUGGAUUUGCUGAGCCUGGCCAGCCAGACGCCGAGCCUCAACCGGGAGCACUUGUGGAGGAGCCGGGAUGAGCUCUACCACUACGGGAGCAAAAUGGAGCAAAGUCAGUCCCAAAGCCCUUUGCAGCUUCUCAGCCAGUGCAACAUAAGGACCUCCUACAGCCCCAGCCAGGUCCCAGGCUCGCAGCAGGAUUUAUGGGCGAAACAUUUCAGCAACCCAAAGAGGAGCUCCUCGCUGGCGAUGAAGAGCCACGGCGGCAGCUUCAUCCAGGACUGCAGGGAGGACUACUACUCGGGGAGGCUUCGCUCGCAGGAGAGCUACAGCGACAUGUCCAACCAGAGCUUCCCUGAGACCAGAGGAAGUCUCAAAGUCCCCAAGUACGAAGAGGAAGAGGAAGGCGGGAUGCCAACGCCCCAGUGCCGUACCCGGCACCCCAUCAACGCCCUCAAGUUCACGGAGGACCUGACGCCCACCGAGCAGACCCCCCGCGGCUCCAUGGAAUCCCUCGCGCUCUCCAAUGCAACAGGCCUCUCUGCAGAUGGUGGAGCCAAGCGCCAGGAGCAUCUCUCCAGGUUCUCGAUGCCUGACCUGAGCAAAGACUCGGGCAUGAACGUCUCGGAGAAGAUGAGCAACAUGGGGACCCUCAACUCCUCCAUGCAAUUCCGAAGCGCCGAGUCCGUCCGCAGCCUGCUGUCGGCGCAGCAGUACCAGGACCUGGAGCCAAACCUGCGCAACCUCGCCAGCCCCCUCGGGUACCGGGAGCGGCCGUCGCACGGGCGGAUGCACCAGAGCUUCGACUACGGCAGCGGGGUGCCCGGGGGCAAGCUGGGGACACAGGAGGGCACGAGACACACCCCCAUGAGCGAGCGCACCAGGCGCCGAACUACCCUCCGGGAUGACGACCGGCAUUACCGCCCGCACCGGCCCCGGCGGUCUCGGCGUUCCCGGUCGGAUAACGCCCUGCACCUGGCCAGCGAGCAGUGCUGCCGGCUGAAGGAGAGACCCUCGCUGCGAGCCAGGGAAGACUACGACCAGUUCAUGCACCAGAGGAGCUGCAGAGAGACGGUGGGACAGGGUCCCCGCAGGGACGUCUACGGCCACUGUCCCCGGACGGUGUCAGACCUCGCCUUGCAGAACCACUUGGGCGAGAGGUGGGGGCCCUACUUCGCCGAAUACGACUGGUGUUCCACCUGCUCCUCCUCCUCCGAGUCUGACAACGAGGGUUAUUUCCUCGGGGAACCGAUCCCCCAGCCCGCCCGCCUGCGGUACGUGACCAGCGAGGAGCUCCUGCACAAGUACGGCUCGUACAGCAUGCCCAAGUCUUCCACGCUGGGUGGCAGGGGACAGUUGCACAGCCGGAAAAGACAGAAGAGUAAAAACUGUAUCAUAUCCUAAUGGCAUCCUCGCCAGGCACCUCGGGAGAAUGUAAAUUAACUCACCAACUUGCACUGUUCCAAUUCAUGUAAGCGCUUUUACGGUAACAGAAAGAAAAGACCCGAAGAGAAGGUUGUGAGAAGGUUGUAGACUGGCUUCUAUAAAUAGUCAUAAUCCUGGGCACAGUGAAUAUAUUUUGCACAUUUUCCUUUGGAGAAAAAAAAGACAACAAACAAAAAACAACCAAUCAAAAAAGUCCACUUUAGCCUGUAAUAUUAACCCAGUAGUUUUUCCUCUUCCUCCCAGAUAACUACCAGCCUUUUGAGUUCUGUCUGUCCGUGCGUUUUGGUUACCACUGUUGACUCUCAGCACCAGUUGGCCAGUAGCUUUUUCUUUCCACCACCUGUUGUUUUUUUUUGUUUGUUUUCCAUUGGCCACGUUGGUAGGUAGUUUGUCUCUCUCUCUCUCUCUCUCGGAUAGUGUGGGAGCCUAAGUUAUUUCUGUGAUUGUUGUAAAUGCAAUUGUAAAUGAGAGUUUGGAGAAAAUAUUUUUGUAUUUUGUAAUAUCAGAGGAAUUUCUAUAUCUUAGGAGUCACUGGGAAGAUGCAUGCACAUUCAGAAUUGUUUUCAGCCAGAGCUAACCAAACAGUACUUUGGACCCCCCACCCUUUCCAUUUGAUCAUCAAAUUUUCUUGAGUAUAUCAGUGAGAGUUGGAGCUGUUGCUUCUUUUGAUGUUUGUUUUCUUUUUUUUUUUUUUUUUUAACCCUGUUUUUUCUGUUUGUUUCAUUCUUGGUAAAUAAAGAGAACAUUUUCUGCUUUGUUAAAUCUUGAAGAGGCCUUGCUGGCAUUUUGAAGUCUGCUCACACCUGUGAUUUCAGGUACACUCCAUCAGUCAGAGAGAGGAAUCCUGACAGCUGCAAAAAGGACUUUAUUUUUUUCCUUCUUUUUUUUUUUUUUUAAUUAUUAUAAAAUAGGAAGGAACAGAACAACCAAAUGUCUGCCAUGUUGUAAAUGACCAAAGCCAGAGAAGGAAUUUUACACCUCUGUAGAGAACGCUGAAGUUACUAAACAUUGAACUAUUAUUUGGAGUAAAUAAAAGUGUAAAUGGUGCAAUUGUGUGAUGUCAGCAUGACAUUGUUUUGAAUAUAGGCUUGUCUUAUGGUGCUCUAGUCUCCUGGGUUAUGUUAACUGCUGUUCAUUACCACGUGGAAGUCUCAAUAUUGCCUAACACAUACAAAAACGACUGCAAACUGCUCCCCGCGGGCCUGAUCCUGCCCUGGUGAGAUGUCCCAGGCCACUCAUGACCUGGGGGGGUUUGUCCCUGGGUGUGUUCAGCCCCUGCCCACGAGGCCAGGACAGCCCCAGAGCAGCCUCGCCAGGGCAGAGCAGUCUAUAAAUAGGGCUCAGCUAUUGUGUUAUGGUGGAUGUGAGUUUGUUCUCUGUAUGCUUUAAACCAUUGGGGUGCUGCCAUUGCAGCAUGUCCCGGAGGAUUGUGAGUCAACACUGGUUGUCCCGGUGCUUCCUGGGAAGGAGCAGGUUUAUAGAAGGGGCUCUUGGCACCCAAAGAUGUGAGUUAGCACCUGAGGGUGUUAAGAUGAAGCUGGGCUUUGAGCUGCAGGAGGGCUGAGAGGUGUAACUGGCUAUAUUGCCCUCACCCCCACAUGCUGCUGCAUCUCGGGGUGUCCUCGCACCCCCACCAAGCCAGCCCCUGCCCUGCACCCCAGGGAGGAGGGUCCCCCUGCAGGGCAGGUGCUGGCACCCCCAGGGACACCCCCCUUGCCUACUCAAAGCAGCAGAUGCCGAAAAACCUUGAAGAAGGAUGUCUCCAUAGCACAGACUAUUGCUAGGAAUUUUUUUUGUUGUUUGUAAAGGACAAUGUGAUUAUUAUUAUUAUUAUACCUUUAAAAUGAAAACACACACACACACACAAAAAGAAAUUACACUUAAGUAUAUUUAAAGAAAUGUUUUUUUCCAGUUGGAAUAAA